UUGACAGACUCAGGUUAGUGGAGCUUGCACUACUGCACUGAAAGUAGGCUGUGUAGAUAUCAUGGUUCAGGCUGGAGCUUGGGCUCUGAAGCCUGGGGAAGGGGCUAGGCUUCAGAGCCUGAGUUCAAAGCACUAUCUGCACAGUUCUUUUUAGAUCACUAGCACAAGCCUCAAUUCCCCAAGUGUCUCAUCCUGGGCUGGGAGACUUGCUUCUGUGGGCAGUUUGCAGGCAACAUGGACGUACCCAGUGAGGCUGUGCACAUGCAUAAGUACUUUGCUAAAUCAGGGCCCGAAAGAGAGACUAGUCCUGCAGAUGCAUUUUAUUUGAUAAUGUAAUGCCCUAUAGCUGCUUUGCCUGCCCCCCCCCCAAAGGAUUUCCCCAGCCCAGGGGGAUCUUGGAUGGUGUAGUAGCUUCUAUGCUACCCCUCUGCCUAAGGCAGUCACAUGGACUGUGGCCAGUCAUCCCUGUACAGUCAGAGAAUUCAAAAGUGGCUUAUGGCUACCUUUGCAUAUAUCCCAUCCUGAGCUGUGCCCAAAACCCCUCAGCUGUCACUUAGCAUCUGAGCCUGUAUUAUGUUGCAUGCAUACAAAGGGGCAGAGUUAAGGCUGAGGUACAACUAUAACACUGGCAAUUACUACUGUUGGAGUGCUUCACUUUGCAACCCUAACAUUCUCUUACUAUGUUUGGGUUUUUUAAAUGUAAUUUCCUAGGUUUAUAAAAGACAAACCAUAAAAACAAAGAAAUUCCAGGUUGGAGAACUUUUUGCUAGACAUCCCUGGAACGCUGUCAUGGACAAGGUGUGCCAGGGUUCCUGGUGAGUGCUUUAGUGUGUGCUUUGAAUGAAUCAGGGCUUUAUUCAGAGGUUUGAUCAUUAUGCAGUGGGUACUACAGUUCUUCCAUGUACCAGCUUGACAAAUGCUUUAUGGUGGAUAGUGUUGCCAAUGAGUAAAGGUGUGGCAAUUCCCAUUUGAAGAAGAGUACGACCAAAGUUUACUCACUGAUCACUUUGACAAAUGUCUUAGUAUGGGAAUGCUGCUUAAACUGUUAGGUUCCAGUCCUGAUGUUAUUGCUUGGUUGUUAAUUAAAUUAAAUCCCUUGAGUCCAUAGGGCUCAAGUUGUAUAUUGUAUGACUAAUUCAUGUGUUUCACAUUACUUGUUAAAGCAGUCUCUUAGCUUCUCCAGGGCAGCAUGGAACUGAGUUGAUGAUUGCCAGUAUAGGAAGGGAAGGAACGGCUUUGUUACUGUAAAAUAUGUCUUUGUGCAUUACCCAUUGUUAUUCUUUAGAAGUAUUUUCAUUUGAAUAUUAAAUGAAAAUCAUUCAGUCUAAGCUGUAACAGUUAGAACUAGCUAUUCUCCAAAUUAGGUUUGAAUGCAGUUUUUGCUUUAAAAUGCAUUGUUUAUGCAGCUAUAAAUGUUCAUCUCCUGUCCUACUGGCACUGCAAUUUAGGGUAGCAUUUAAAGUAUUCCUUUUAAGAUGUGAAACUAUUUAUUUUUUCAGGCGGAGGUAAAAGAAGCAAUUGUUAGUAAUAUGGCUAAUAACCAAAAGGAAGCAGUUUUUCAGAAUUCAAAUGCAGGAGAAAUCAGCUGCAAGUUACUAUCUGCACAAAAUGUAAUGGAGGACCCCAGCUGUUCACACAGAACAGAUUCCAGUCCAGUGGUGAUCUGCCAGUUGAAAGGAGGUACUCAAAUACUCUGCAUAAACAAUUCUGGCACAAGAGAACUGAAAACAGUUCAUCUGGUUCCCCAGUAUCAAAACCAACAUAAUUAUCUUCAGUCAGAUGUGCCUAACCCUAUGACAUCUCUGCUGGGACAAUUUUUGCCAAUUCCAGGUAAAGUGGAUCUCAAUGAACAACAGCUUGAGAACGGAUCCUUACAAUCAGAAGCUAGCAGUGCCACAUUCCAAUCAGAAGUAAAUCUUCAAGGGUCAACAAAAAUGACUUUAGUUGGAUUGCCUCUUAGUUCAUGGGAUACAAAGUCUAAAAAACCGUGUAACUGUACCAAAUCUCAGUGUUUGAAAUUGUAUUGCGAUUGCUUUGUCAAUGGUGAUUUUUGCAACAACUGCAACUGUAAUAAUUGUUACAACAAUCCACUUCAUGAAACUGAGCGGUUUAAAGCUAUUAAGGCUUGUCUUGAUAGAAACCCAGAAGCUUUCCUACCAAAGAUUGGGAAAGGGAAACUGGGGAAUAUUAAACCUCGCCACAACAAAGGAUGUAAUUGCAAGCGCUCAGGGUGCCUUAAGAAUUAUUGUGAGUGCUUUGAGGCAAAAAUUAUGUGUUCCUCUAUUUGCAAAUGCAUUGGUUGCAAAAAUUAUGAAGAAAGCCCAGAUCGAAAAACACUAAUGAACAUGCCCAACUACACAGAGAUUAGAAAUAAUGAAGAAAACAUCCUUGUUUCAACAUCUACAUUUGAAAUGUUAUCAAAAUCUAGAGGAGACAGGCGACCUACUACAUGUAUAUCCUGGGAAGUGGUUGAAGCAACAUGUGCUUGUCUCCUGGCACAAGCUGAAGAGGCAGAAAAAGAAGCUUACUCUGUUUGUCUAGCAGAGCAAAUGAUCUUGGAAGAGUUUGGGAGAUGCUUGUCACAGAUUCUGCAUUCAGAAUUUAAGUCCAAAGGGCUGACAGUUGAGUAAUGUACAAUGUUUUCUAAAACUAAUGAGUGUUCACUUUAUUGAGCAUCACUACAUUCUGAGUACUAUUAUUACUCAGUGGCCUGAUUUUGAUCUCACACUGACUUAACUUCAUUGACUUUAACUCAGUUGAUUCUGAAUUACAGUGAUUUAAGUGAGAUCAGAAUCAGGACCAAAACAUUUAAGAGUCACCUAGAAUAUUUUAUUUAUGUUAAAGGAUUUUCCAUAAAACAACAUCAUUGCUUUGGGCCAAAUUCUGAAAUCUUUACCCAAACAAAACUGCCAUUGAAAUCCAAAUAAUUUACAUGGUUUUGAGAGGAGUUUACCUAAAUAAGGUAUUUAAAUCAAUGAUUUUAGGAUUAGGCCCCAAAAGAGGCCUGAUUUAGGAUUAGGAUUAGGCCCCUUUUAGUACUAUGAAAGCACUUAGUAAAAUCAGAAGAGUAGAGAGCUACCUUAUAACUUGUAAUAUACAUCUUUUGGUGUUUUCUCCACUUUUCCAGUUUGGGGGGAAAAUUAAAUAUUAAAACCAAGAUUUUUAGAUAUGGCCUUCAUUUUUGCAGUUGCAAUUUUGCUCCCACAAAUCUGGUAGUUAGAUGUGAAUGAUUGAUAUUUAUAUGUGCAGUUCACUACAGCUGCCCAAAAACACCUGCAGAAAUGGAGAUUGGAUGGAGGCGCAGCUGAAAACUAAGUUUUCAGUUUUCUCUAGACCUAUCUCCACACCUGCUCUUCCAAUUACAAUGAGUAGAGCUGCACUACUUUAAAAAAGAUUAAACAGUCACUGCCCAUUUUUGGGGGAGUUUUGUGAAUAUUUGUUUUUGGUACAUAUAUACUGUACCUGUCAAUAUUCAAUCUACCUGCAGAUAACUGUAUUUUGAAGGUGUUCACAUUUUUGCAUCCUCACUUAGAUCCAUCUUUAUUCACACAAUAAAUAUUUAAUCUAUUUAUUUCCAAGUUUUAUAUGUUAUCACAAAUACUAAUGUUCUAAAAACCCUUCCACACUGCUUUAUACUGGAGUUUGAUAUGACAGAGCAGUGUUUUUGUUUCAUUUGUUUUUUCCUAUUUCUCAUAGUAUUCUUCCACUAUGUCCCUGGUCCAGCAAAACGUUUAAAUAUGGGCUUAAAUUUAAUCACCAUCACCUUCAACAAGGACUAUUCACGUGGAUAAAAUUAAGCAAGUUAAGUGCUUUGCUGGAUGGCAGCCUAAAUCUUCUUUCCAAUGUUAUUGUUUUUAUUUAAUAUAACUUUGUUGUGAACCAUAGUAUAAAAAAGCAAAUAAAGCAUAAGAGAUAUUGUAUGCUUCAGAACUUAUUUUUGACAAUCAGUAUCUUAUAAUGCUUAUAGGUAAUUUACAUGCUACAGCAUUCUAUAUUUUGAGCAGUUUCUAGAAUCAGUGUUUGAAAUUAACGUCUUAAUAGCUUAAUUUGUCACAAGGUUUGUCUACACAGCUUGAUAAUGCAUGGUAGAGGGUUAUGAAUUCUAAAGCACACCGCAUGCUGCACACUAACUGGCCCAAGUAGACCCUGCUGGUCAGAGGUGAAAGUAAGCCGGUACGCCCCGGUACGGCGUACCAGCAAGAGCUGGUGCGCUGUACCGGGGCGGAUUGACUUCCCCUGGUGGCAAUUUAAAGGGCCUGGUCGCCUGCUGCAGGUACCGUCCCGGGCCCUUUAAAUCGCCCCCGGAGCCCCGGUCCCUUUAAAGCUCCACCAGAGGUUGGGGUCUGGGGGUAGCAGCGGCAGCCGGGAGCCCCCUCCGAUGGUGAUUUAAAGUGCCUGGGGCUCCAAAGGCCCCGCCUCUUCUGGUAGAGGCCACGCCUCUUCCGGCUGAGGCCCUGCCCCCUCCUAAGGACUCUGGAGUACCAGUAAGUCCUUUAAGUUACUUUCACACCUGCUGCUGGUGUACACUAAAUGUUCCCUACUGCGCGGUAACAUAGUUACUGAUUCAACAGCACUACAGGAACAUGCACUAGGGAGCAUUUAGUGUGCGCUACCAGGGUCUAGAGAGGCCAGUUAGUACACAGCAUGUUGGUGCUCUUUAAAAUUCACACCCCUUUAGUGGGCAUUGCUACACCAUGUAGACAAACCCUCUGAAGCAAAAAUUCUUCAAUAAGACUUUCUCAGGAUGGCUGUUUUUGCAUCAUAUCCAGUUGCACUGCACUAAUAGGAUAUUUCAGUUCAGUAUCGUACAGCAGAGUUCCAAUCCAUCCUUUAUCAAUCUAUAUACAGAUACUGUAUAUUGAGCCUAAUUCUCCUCUCACAUACAUCAUUGUAACCCCACUGACUCCAAUGGAUCUACACUGGUGAAUCUGAGAACAGAAUUUCACCUAUUUUAUUUAGACAUAAAGCAUUUAAAUUAGAUAAUCAGAGGGGAAUAGUCUUAUCAAAUCAUGCAAAUAUUUAAAAUGUGCAAAUAUUUAGAGUUUUGAAAUAUCAGCAGUUAUACUAGCAAAAUGAAAACUACAGUAAUUAACAAACUUAAUUUCAUAAGCUGAUCAUCAGCUGAGGACAUGAAGGGAUUCCCUCUAUGGUAUAGUAUUGCACCAUUAUUAUUAUUGUUGUUGUUUAUUUAUUAUUAAGCUUCAACAAUGUGGGGAUUUUACACUUUCUUCUGAAACUUAUAGUGUUGGCAACUGCAGAGAAAAGGUACCAGACUAGUUGAACCUUUGGCCUGGUCUGACAAUUUCUCUUACUAUAAUAUCUUUCUUCCUGUCUGCAGUCUUUCCUUAUUCAGAAAGUUAAGCAGACUUCUCAAUGCAUUUUGGUAUUUAACAUUGAAUAUCAUGUGUUUAAAUAAAUCCUGAAACCUCAUUUUCACGAAAACCAUACAAAUAUCCAAACACAAUGCAUUCCUAUGACAAACAUUGUGUUGAGUCCACGCCUCACAAAAAUAACAGAAGU